UCCUAUGGUAACAGAGCUCUGAGUCAGGCGCCUGUUUGUAAAAGGGGUGGUCAUGGCUUGUGCUGGAAACGAUGUUUCAACACCAGAGUUAGGAAAACCCUACUUGAGUCAGCACAGCCUCAGUGUCAGUUGCAGCAAGCCCUUGGAGCUUCACAACCACUUUUUAUAGUUUCAUGGGCUGUAGCUGCAGGAUAAGUUCUGUUUUCUGCUUCCUUGCACUUGACAGAGAACCCAGAGCACCAUGGGUUCCAUGUUCCGCAGUGAAGAGAUCUGCCUGGCCCAGCUUUUCUUGCAGUCGGCUUCAGCCUAUGCUUGUGUCAGUGAAUUGGGUGAGCGGGGACUUGUGGAGUUCCGUGAUUUGAACCCCCAUGUCAGCGCCUUUCAGCGACGUUUUGUAGGAGAGAUACGACGGUGUGAAGACAUGGAGAAAGCCUUCACUUACCUGGCACAGCAGGUGCAGAAGGCAGGACUGAAACUGAAACCCCCUGAGGAGAGUCUGCCAGCCCCCCUGCCCCGGGAUGCCCUGCAAAUCCAGGAGCAGUCAGAGAUGUUGGUACAGGAGUUGCGCGAAGUGAGCCGCAACCGCGAUGCACUGGUUGAACGGCUGCAGCAGCUUCGGGAACAUGCUCAGGUGCUGCAGGAAGGGCAGCACUUCACUGGUCAACUACAGGUGCAAUUAGGUUCAUCAGCCCACCCCCGUACCUUCUCUGACAGAGAUCCUCUGCUUGAUCCAUCCAUGGCACAGCGACUUGACCUCAGAAUAAACUUUGUGGCAGGUGUGAUCCACCCACUGCGAGUGAAUUCCUUUGAAAGACUGCUGUGGCGCGCAUGCCGUGGCUACCUUGUUGCCAACUUUGUGGAGAUAUCUGAGCCCAUGGAAGACCCAGCCACGGGUGAGAGAAUCACAUGGGUCAUUUUCCUCAUCUCCUACUGGGGUGAACAGAUUGGCCAGAAAAUUCGCAAGAUUGCUGCCUGCUUUCACUGCCACGUGUAUCCAUAUCCUGAAGAGGAGGCUGAGCGCUUGGAGACAUUGUGUGGGCUUCGCACCCAGAUUGAAGAUCUCACCUUGGUAUUAGGCCAGACAGAGCAGUUUCUGGGCCAGGUGCUUGAAAAGGUGCUGUUGAACCUUCCUGCGUGGCGAGUGCAAGUACAGAAGAUGAAGGCCAUCUAUUUCAUCCUGAACCAGUGCAACUUUAACAUCACUGACAAGUGCCUCAUUGCUGAAGCUUGGUGCCCCGUCCGUGAUCUACCUGCCGUGCAGCAGGCCCUGCGCGAGGGAUCGCACCAAGCAGGUUCUGGGGUGGAAUGCUUUGUACAUCAGGUCCCAUGCUCAGAAAACCCUCCCACCCUCAUUCGCACCAACAAGUUCACUGUUGGCUUCCAGAACAUUGUGGAUGCCUAUGGGGUGGCCAGCUAUCAGGAGGUGAACCCAGCUCCUUAUACCAUCAUCACUUUCCCCUUUCUGUUUGCUGUCAUGUUUGGGGAUGUUGGCCAUGGGCUACUGAUGUUCCUGUUUGCCCUUUGGAUGGUACUUGGUGAGAACCACCCUGGCAUGAAGAAGGUGGAAAAUGAGAUCUGGCAGAUGUUCUUUGAAGGCCGCUACCUCAUCUUGCUGAUGGGUGCCUUCUCCAUCUACACUGGCUUCAUCUACAAUGAGUGCUUCAGCAAAGCUACCACAAUCUUCCCAUCUGGCUGGAGUGUUGCUACCAUGGUCAAUGUCUCAGGAUGGAGUUCAGAUUAUUUAGCUGCAAACCCUGUACUUCCCCUGAACCCCAAUAUCACAGGAGUCUUUAAAGGUCCUUAUCCUUUUGGUAUAGAUCCGAUCUGGAGCUUGGCUAUCAACCAUCUCACCUUCUUGAACUCCUUCAAGAUGAAGAUGUCUGUGAUUCUGGGAAUUGUGCAUAUGAGCUUUGGUGUGGUUCUUGGAAUCUUCAACCACAUCCACUUCAGGCAACUAUACAAGCUGCUGCUGGUUUUCCUUCCGGAGAUCAUCUUCCUACUGGUGCUCUUUGGGUACCUUGUGGUCCUGAUCUUUUACAAAUGGCUGAAUUUUGAUGCCUCUGUGUCCCAGACUGCACCCAGCAUCCUCAUCCACUUCAUUGACAUGUUCCUUUUUGCAGAUAACCCUGACAAUAUGCCUCUUUUUCAUUACCAGUCAGAAGUACAGAUUGUGUUGGUGAUGAUGGCCUUGGUCUCUGUACCAGUCCUGCUGCUGGGGACACCUUUAUACCUCUGGAGCCAGCAUCGACACAGGACCUCUCAUUCCACACAGCAUCCAUCUAGCUCAGAGGAGCGCCGGCCACUGUUAAACUCAGUGGAGCCAAGCAGCUCUGUGAAUGUUGCUGAAGGUGACAUGAAUCAUGCAAGACCCACAGGUGAAUCAACGUUUGAAUUUUCCGAUGUGUUCAUGCAUCAGGCAAUUCACACCAUCGAAUAUUGCCUGGGCUGCAUCUCCAAUACUGCUUCCUACCUACGACUCUGGGCCCUCAGCUUGGCCCAUGCACAGCUCUCAGAGGUCCUGUGGAACAUGGUGAUGAGGAAUGGCUUCCAGAGAAUGGGGUACCCAGGUGCAGUACUAAUCGUGCCUGUCUUUGCAUUCUUUGCUGUGCUGACCGUGGCAAUCCUACUUGUGAUGGAAGGGCUGUCAGCUUUCUUGCAUGCCCUGCGUCUGCACUGGGUGGAAUUCCAGAACAAGUUCUAUGCAGGUGCUGGCUACCCAUUCAUCCCUUUCUCCUUCACUGUUGACACCUGGGAUUGAGAGAGAGAAAACUGCUUCUUCCUGAACCCAGGUGAUCCCCUGGGAAACUGGAUUGGCUUAUGCACAUUUUCCUUACAUGAGCAACUGUCUCCUUUCUCCCCCUUCCCCACUGGUUGUGCCUCCUGUUCAGCCAGAAGAUGUGGCAGUACUUCUUUACUCCAGCAUCUCUUUUGGGCGAGGGGACUGCCUACCUAGGCUUUCCUCUCCAUUACUAUUAAAGGAAGGUUCUACUCUCCCAACGUAGCAGUAUUUAGGGAUGCUGUUCUGGAAUCAAGUUUUCCUAAGACCUAAAUCCUUCAUCAAGUGGGGUUAUAAGUACUUGAUCCUCUAUGACUUGCAACUGAACCAAUCUGCCUUAUCGAUGCCACUGAGAAAGAAUGAAAUGUGACCCGAAGGAGCUACAGAACACAGAUCGCCAUAACAGUUACCGUCUCUGCCAAGAAGCAGCUUUGCUCAGUCACAUCGAGGAACAAAAGAGCCAGCCUUGCCCACAGCAGAAGACUUCUAUAGCUUAGAGUUCUGCACUAGAAUUCUGUCCGUGUUAAUUUCCUGACUGGCAUCUCUCGCAAAGAGGUGGUCAGGAAACUGGCCCUCCAUUAGGGUUGCAGGUAAAAUCCAUGCCCUCUGUGUCAGCCAUAUUCAAAGGAUCUGCCUGUGUGGCCAACUAGCUGACACCUGGUGGCUCAUAUAAGGAAAGGGGCUAAGGUGAUGACGUCUGCCUGUUCCUCUUCAGUGCCCUCUUUGCCAGCUGCUUUACAGUACUUGGCACAUCACAUCAAAUCUGAAGACUGGCCAAAGGGGCUCCUGCCUGGUUGCAGAACAACUUCGUUUCACAUUGAGAGCAAGGAGGUCACCGCAGCAUCCCAUGUCCCAUCAUACUCUGUCCCACCUUUAGGAAAAGCAGCACUAUAAAGCCAGCUGUCUAGAUGUCCACGCUAGAUAUAUCCUGCCAGCCCCAUAACAACUCCAUUCUGCAAUAAAAAAAUUUCUCUACCUUCACUUUCA